CUGUCAUCCUAAACAAUGAACAGAUGUCUCAUGGAAAUUCUGGUUCUCACAAAACCAUGAAGUGCUGUGGAGAGCAUUAGGGAAUCCUCAGCAAUUCUCAAGGGAAAAUCCAGUGGCUGUCCAGCCAAGGAUGAACUCCCUCUGCCCCACUGACAGGCCAUGAGGGGCUAUCGUGGGCACGGGGCAUGUGUGUGUCAGGGGGGGUGCUCAGGGACAUGCUGAGCUUGGGGUGUGCUAUGUGUAGGCUUUCCUUGACCCCAAGGCAGAUGCAGGAGGCGCUGACCCCCGGGCACCUGAAGAAGGCCAAGCUGAUGUUUUUCUUCACCCGCUACCCCAGCUCCACUCUGCUGAAGACCUACUUCCUCGAUGUGCAGUUCAGCCGCUGCAUCACCUCCCAGCUCAUCAAGUGGUUCAGCAACUUCCGUGAGUUUUACUACAUCCAGGUGGAGAAGUUUGCCCGGCAGGCCCUGCUGGAGGGUGUUGUGGAUGCUUGCACUCUCCAGGUCUCCCGGGACUCAGAGCUCUUCCGUGCCCUCAACAUGCACUAUAACAAGGGGAAUGACUUUGAGGUGCCAGGGCGCUUCCUGGAGGUGGCCAGCCUGACACUGCAGGAGUUCUUCAGUGCCGUCAGGGCAGGCAAGGAUGCCGACCCCUCCUGGAAGAAACCUAUUUACAAAAUCAUUUCCAAACUGGACAGUGACAUCCCAGAAGGGUUCAAAGCUGCCGGCUGCUCCCAGGAACUGCUCCACAGCUGAGUCUCUGUGAAAGCAGCCCUGGGUCACGUGUGGAGCCAUCAUGUGCUAUGUCCUCAUGGGCACUCCGUACUGCAUGAGUUUUUUGGGGUAUUCUCUCUCUGAGGGCCAUGGGCUCCCUGUAAGACAGCUCCUUUGGUGAGGCUUAUCACUUGCCUCAUGUGCUGGGAUUUUAUGCUGUGUAUUUUAUUUUGCUGCUCAGAACUGGUGAGGACUACCAGAAGGGAGGGACAGAGAUGAGGCCAUCAGGCUGGAGCCUGAGAAGUUGCCCUGCCCCAGCUCUCCCCAUGACCCUGGCUGAGCCGCCUUCAUUCUCUCUUCCAGAGGGUCACAAACAAGGGCAAACAGCCUUGCUGUUUAUAAAACAGGAAGAGGUCCUAGUAGUGGGCAAAGUUUCCUUGGCACAGCAGACUAGCGGAUGUAGUGAGUCCAAAAGCAUGACUCAGUUUCUGUCCAGAUACAGCACACCAGUGUCCAAAGAAAACAGCUGGUGAAUUCCAGCAUUUCAAGCACUCCAUGGGGAUAGUUGUUCCUGUCUGGAAUAUGUAAAGACUAUGUUUGUUGUAGCCAGCAAGAAUAACACACUCCUCCACCUCCCCUGUGCUGUUAGACAAGACCCCCCACCAUGCAGCUGUGUGCUGUGGCCAAGCAGGGGUGUGCUCCCCAGCACUGUUCUUUGGGAUGCUGGGGGAGAGCAGGGUGCACAGCCAGCACAGCUUGGCACUCCAAAGAGCCUCCACCAGCCCAUCACCUGGGAGGACAGCUCCACGUUAAACACCCACACGUUCCCUCACACCGUGUUGCUGCUGGCAAAAUUGCCCCAAGCAUCUCUGUUCUGCACGCUGCCCUUGGUGGAAGAAGAGAAUUUUAUUUGGCAUCCAAAUUUGGGAUUUGUGGCUUUAACACAAACUGGGGAAGAGCUGGGCCUUGACAUCUACAACCCCAUAGCUGUAAGGGUUGUAAACUCCAGGAGAUAUCUUUACCCUGUGGCCAAGAUUUAGUGAUUGCUUUUCUACCUGAUGGAGCACGGUGAAACGUUUUGUGUUAAGGGCUCUCUAAUCCUGACAGAGGUGGCAGUGGAGAGGAAAAGGCUGUGAGGAGGAGGGAGUCCUGACAGAGGCACGGCAUGAGGGCACUGGGAGGGCAGUGCUGAGCAACAAAAUACCCACACAAAACCCUCAGGGAGAAGAUGACUGGGAAAAGGCCAAGGUAAUUUUGGUUGUCCUGUAAGGUGUCAGCUGAUACUAGAGUGCAGCAGGUGACUCUUGAGAGGAGAAUCACAGCUCCAGCAUCAGAGGAGCACAUGGGGUGAUCCACAGGCAAUGCAGCCAUAGGAGUAAAGAGGUGGUAACAUCAGGACACAAUGGGGAGCUCUGAAAUAGGGGAAGUUUGACAGUGGUUCCCCCCAUCACAACUGUGGCCAGAUUUCCUGCUUCUUUUUUUAAGUUUAUUUCUCCAAGUUUGUAUAUUUUACAACUCCAACAACAAAUUUACUGUAUUCCUUUUUAAAUAAACAAAUUGUUUAAGUUACCCCUUUACAUCCUUAUGACCUAUUUGAUAAUGUCUGUUCUAAAGAGUUAUCCUAGGAGUUUCUUGCUUUUUAUUGGGAAAAAUAACACUGCAGCAAAAGGGCAGCCCUUCUGCCAGCAUCUCUAUGUGGUCAAGCAGGCCCCACUAACCAACAUCAGCUCCUUUAAACCUGCCCCUCACCCCAAUGCCUCACAGUUAGUCUGCUCUGAAGUGCAACUUGUGAGAAUCAGGAGUGGGAGGGGCUAGAGGCAGACACAUGCCAAAGCUUCAGGGUGCUGGACCCAAAUGUACAACAUUGGAUGGAUGCUGCUGGUGGUACCAUGACUGUGCCAUUUCUGCAGACAAAAAUGACCUCAGAGCUUAAGUAAUGCUUUGGACAGGCAAAACCAAAGCUGCUGGAAAGGGAUAUAAUAGUCUGGCUCAGGGAAGAGUCAGCAAAUUCAUCUGUCCAUGGCUAAAUAGUAAGGGAGCAUAUGGCACAGGUUUACUGGAGGCAUCCUGCUGACACAAAGCCUUUUUACACAGAGUUCCUGGUGGGGGUAGCAGUUUCUUGCUUCCUGUGGUAACAUGCAAGUCCAUGCAUGUCAGUAAAACAGCAGGUGGGGGAUCGAGAUAGUGCCCCAAAUCACAGUCAUGCAGUGGCUGAGGCUGUAGGAGAUGUCUGGAGGUCAUCUUGUCAAACCCCCUGGUCUAGCAGGGCCACUGAGAGAUGGCUGCCCAGGACCAUGUCAGAGGGGUUUUAAGUAUCUCCAAGUGAGGAGGGACUCCACAACCUGAUCAUUAGUAAAGACAUUUAACAGGACUGGACUAUUUGCAGCAGUAUUUUUGCACCAGUGGUUGCCAUAUAAUUACAAGUGGGAACUAGAGAGUUGUGUAUUACACUGUUUUUUGUGAAAUGUGGGCCAGUAUGGCCACAACAAACAGCAUCUGGCAUCAGUUAUCCUGUACCUGUUAUGAUGUCUCACUACUAGUAUCCAUGGUUUCAAUUUGCCCAUGUAGAUUUUCCACCUAACAAAGAAGUAAAAAAAUACAAACUAAAGAAACCCCAAAAUAGACAAAAAAAAAAAACCACCAAAAAAACCCCCAAAACAAUCAAACAAAAAACCAAACCAACAAACAAAAAAAGCCCCCCCAAAAAAACAAACCCAAAAACAUCCCCCCCCCAAAAAAGCCCCCCUCCCUCAACAAACAACAACAAAACAAAACCUUGAAAACAAAACAAAACAAGCAAAGAGAUCCCCACAGCAUGGCUAGAGAGACUCUACAAAGGACUCAAGAUCACAGGUCACUUGUGAUCUUUGGCAGCUUUUUAACACCUGUCUACCUUUAGCCAAAUGUGACAGAGACUACCAAAGUGUCAACAGAGGUAGAAUCUACCCACCUUUUUGUCACCCUAUGGUCCUCCUGCAAGCAGAGAUCCUGUCUGGGGAGCCUGGGGUGCAGCUGCCUCCUCCAAGGCCACUUGUCUGUUUGGAAGCAAGGGGGUUGCACUCAGACAGGCACAGCUCUGCUGCUGAAGUGAGCUGAAUCUAAAAGCCUUAUGCUCCUGUGAGAGCCUUGGAAAGGAGCUCACACUGCCUCCCCUCCUAUCUAGGUCACAGAAGUACUGAUAUGGAGAAGGCAGUACAUCUGCUGGGAGGUAGGGAAAGCUGGAGUUACUCUAGGGGCAAUGGAGCCUGAAGUGAGAGGGAAACAGGGUGUGAAUUCCACACUGUCCAGUCACCAGUGGGGUUCUGCAGGUCUCCAGUUCUCUUCAACAUCUUCAUUAAUGACUUGGACUCAGGACUCAAAAGAAUACUAAGAAUACUGUCUGUCAGUGUCAACUCCCGUGAGGGCAGAGAGGUCCUGCAGAGAGACCCCAACAAAUCAGACAGAUGGGCAGUCACCAAUUGUAUGAAGCUGAACAAGGGCAAGUGCCAGACCCCGCACCUGGGAUGGGGCAACCCUGGUUGUGUGUCUCCAACACCCUCAGAAGGUGAAGAAGAAGGGCAGGCACUGAUCUCUUCUCUCUGGUGACCAGUGACAGGACUUGAGGAAAUGGCCUGAAGUUGAGUCAGAGGAGGUUUAGUUUAGAUAUGAAGAAAAGAUUACACCCAGAGGGUGGUUGGGCACAGACACAGGCUCCGCAGGGAAGUGGUCACAGCACUAAACUUGACAGUGUUUAAGAAUUAUUUGAACAAUGCUCUCACGCACAUGGUGUAACUCUUGAGGCCUGUGCAGAGAGGGGAGUUGAAUGUUGAUGAUCCUGAUGAGUCCUUUUCAACUCAGCAUAUUCUAUGCUUCUAUGAAAUUAAGGUUUCAGUACUUGUGCUGUGCAGGGUAUGGUGUGUAAUGUCAUUUACAUUCUAGUCGUACCCACGACAUAGAAGCUAGUUUUCAGAUAAAGCCUAAUGGGUGCCCAUCACAGACAAAUUCCUACUGGAAAAGUGGAUCUGCUUGGAGGGCUGAGGGGAGAAGGGAGAGCUGCUGCCCACAGAGAGACUAUGAUCAUGACUCCCUGGCUUGGCUGGGCUCUUGCUUCACCAUUUCCCACUAAUUAGCCAAGGAAGCAAUUUGAGUAGUGCAGUCACUACUGCUGAGCUUCCUCUUUAAAUAAAAAUUCUUUCCUUCCCUCUAUCCAAAUUAUUGUGGUAUAUGCAAAAAGCCCACAGGCACCUGUAACUAUUUCUUCUGGGAACAAAUCCUUGGGGCUAUCCUUUUACAUUUCCAGAUGCACUGCUAGCCCAUCCACAACAACACACCAAAUCCACACAGCUAUACAGCAGCAGAGGCUGCUAAAUAUUUAAAAUGACUGAUUCCUGCCUCCAGGCUGCAGCUGCCGAAAGAGGGAGAUGUGACCCCACUGACUAAGCUGGCAAGGCCUGAGAACCGUCAUGUACUCCUCUAUGUUAAUACUUACUGUAAGAGCUCUUAUUACUCAUGUGUAGCUAAUUAGAGCUUGAAGAAGUUCCUAGUGAAUGUUUGCCCUGUGUGCCAAAAUAGCUUGGGGGAAACCGACAAUAAAACAUAUCUGGUUUUUCUUUUCUCCCAUUUAAUGACUUGCACCUGUCUACUGCAAUUGAACCAGCUUAGAAGUUCCCAGCUCACACGAAUGUUCGUGAAAGGGUCCUUCCCUAAAAUACACAUCUCAGAUGCUUAUUUGACAUCAGGGCAGCUCUCCA